UUCGCGGUCGCGGGUGGGCCGGGGGGUGAGAUACACUCUCCACUUCACGAGUCUAUCACUUUGGCUGCUCUGGUCAGUACAGGAUACAACGUCGCUCCAGGGACUACACUCGAAAGUGCCAGCAACGCUGACUGGGAGUACAUUCGGGGAGUGGUGUGGAACGACGAUCCCGCUUGUCUACUCUUUGAUGACUACGCGGAAGCAAAUCAUACCUACUCGACAGGAAUGAUGUGGGGCUACUAUUACAAGACAGGGGAAUCCGAAUGGAAGAAAGACAAAUCGGACAAGAUGCAGAACCCGACCGGGCGCUCCCACUACGGCGACCUUCAGUUUCUACAUUGCAUGGCUUCCAAGGCUGAAGAGAAGCCAGGGGAGACCAAAGCAAAACUGAUGAAAUGGCUCAGCGUCCUGUGGAAACUCGCCAACGGAGAGGAGGGCAUUACGCCAGAUACAGUCAUCAGCAAGACCGAUAUGGCCGAAUUCUGUCCUAACUUCUCGCUGCCUGCCAACUGGGGGACACUGCGCUAUCUGCUAUCUGGCGAGUCGGCAUUCGAAGCCUUGGAUAUACCACGGCGAGCUCUAGGCAGCAUGUUCCAUAUCAUACAAGAUUCCUACGCUCUGGGGCACACAAGACGCACGUUGCUGAACCCCGAAGCGAAGAUCUCCAACGAUCCCCUCCAAUUUCAGCCCGGUGUCGUCGACAAAUGGGGAUCAAUCGAAAACUUCCACGUCUACAAUGGACAAGACGACGCCCAUCACGAGCUGUACGAUCACGCCAAUACACCAAUUCCCGAUCCAACAAAUCUAGCCAAUCUAGACCAGUUCAACAGCAUGAUUGGCUGCCGCGAUGCCGUCGAGAAGUGCCGUGGGCUAAUCGAGCUCAAGAAGGCGGGCAAGACGUGGGAAACAGGAGUGAAGGCAUACUUGGAUGAAGUCGUGUUCCCCCUCUCACAGAACGUCACGGAUGCAGAUACGCGAGUUUUGCUCAGUCUUGUUUGCGCUCAUGACCGAGCUACCCAUAGUCCAAUUCAUUACCGCAAGAAUUCGAGCAAGAAAUUUAGCGUAGACAACAUCAUGGCGUCCAUCACCGUCAAUGGCAACACAAUCGUACCGACCGGAUCAACAGGCGAGGCAUGGACCGUCAAUGCAAACGAUCAAGGAGAAGUGAGAUCCGCACCCGAUGCAAAGGAUUCGAAUUUCAUUCUUGUGCAAGUCGAUCGUGUCCUCACUAUUGCUGAGAAGGGUAUUUUGGCAGACCACCAGGUUGAAAUUCAAGAAUACGUCGCGGAAAAGACAUUUCUUUGUCGAUAUGAGCCGGACGAUCUGGAGGCUCUGCGACUGUUGCCGUUCGUCGUGACAGCAGACAUUUAUCACCCGGAGCUCAAAACAACCAUCUCGUUGAAGGAGAUGGUCGAAAACGAACAAGACCAAGAGGACUACGAGGUCGAUCUGAUUCUCCAUGAGAAUCCUAACGUAACCUCGGAGCAGUUGGCUCCAUAUGUUGCAGAAGCAGCUGAAGUGGCCCUCGGGGAUCUCGAGAUCCUGGAGCGUAAGAUCAGAGUCACUGUUCACCAGGAUAAGCUCGCUGCACUCGCCGCAUUGGACAGCGUCAAUAGGAUCGAGGAGGUCCGGCAAUAUGCUACGUUCAACGACCAGGCGCGCGCCGUCCUACUCGACGUGGGCGCUAUUCAGAGUGCUUCGAUCCCAUACCAGGGUACUGGGCAAACUGUCUGCGUGGCCGACUCAGGAUUUGACCAGGGUAUAGCGGCGGACACAGGUGACAUCAAGGUUCAUCCUGCCUUUUCGGAUCGUGUCAUGCAAGUCAUCGGUAUGGUUCCAGGUACUGCGACUCCCAAUGACCCUGUGGGUCACGGUACACAUGUCUGCGCUUCGAUCUGCGGUAAUGGGGUCUACAAGAACGCCGAUAGCAGUCAGGUACCCGUGAAAGGCACUGCACCAAAUGCGAAGAUCAUUGUACAGGCCAUGUCUCAAUGGGAUCCCGACCGUCGCGCCUGGUAUUUGAAGCCGCCUACCGACACGUCCAUCCUCUACGCAGACGCGUAUCAACUCGGGGCUCGGAUCCACAACAAUUCUUGGGGCCUCAUAUGGAGCCCCACGGCGCGACAGUUUGGAUACGCAGACGGUGCGACAGCUAUCGACCGGUUCAUGGGCGACAACCUGGAUUUCUGUAUCCUUGUUGCAGCCGGCAACGACGCCCAAGCCAAGAACGCGGGCGUAAGCCAGAUAGGGGACAAUGGAGCUGCAAAGAACUGCAUCACAGUCGGUGCUACAGGAACGACGCGAGAUAACGACGGCCACAGAUACAAGAGUGGCUUUAAGCACGGCUCGGAUGUUACUUCCGUGGCCAUCUUCAGCUCACGUGGUCCCACGCUGCCCGCACGCAAUGCGAACAAUGAAGCCACGGUGGGUAGGAUCAAACCUGAUGUCGUUGCGCCGGGCGUCGCUAUCCUCUCCGCCGCCUCUCGCGCGCUGCCACCAAAAGAUCACCGCCGCGUUGCGAACGGAGAAUCUGCUGAUUCUGAUUGGAUGUUCCUGUCAGGCACAAGUAUGGCCACGCCUCUGGUCUCAGGUUGCGUUGCAUUGCUUCGCGAAGCACUGCAGGGCGUUGGAAAAGAAAAAACCAGCGCGGCUUUGAUCAAAGCUUUGUUGGUCAAUGGCGCAGUACUGCACAGCAGUGGAGACCAGAGUGGGAAAACGUUGCCUUACGACUAUGCGCAAGGCUUUGGGCGCGUAAACGUCUCAGCCUCCCUUAGGAUGGUGCAACAGCUUUCCUUUGUUGACGGCUGGCAAGGCAACAUGAAAUACGAAAGCGAACAUACUCAUGUCCAAGACGCGCCUAUGUUACGAGUCACCUCAGAGAUGGACAAGACUUGGCAGAGCCCACCGCUGGCCAUUCCCUCGACGGGUGCUCGCAUGCGCUUGACCGUAACGAUGACCUAUCCGGACCCGCAUGGUGCGCUGUUGCAAAACGACAUGAACCUCAUUGUGCGUGCUGGCGCGGGAGAUGAACGGCAUGGAAAUAUGGCAGACGGCGACCAGGGAUUCGACUGUGAAAAUACUGUUGAGAAGAUCAUCUGGAACGAUGUUCCUGGCCCAACGGCUGUGAUUGUCGUCAAAGCGCAAGCUUUUGCUAAAGAGUUGAAGGAGCAGACAUUUGCUGUUGCUUGGGAUCUGCAG